AAUCUCGAAGUUACGCAGAAGCCAUUAACCAUUCUAUGGUGAUGUCUGACAGCACUGUGAGCACUAACCCUGCUUUGCUGAGGGCCAACAUGCAGAUGGAUCCCUCCUUUCAGCACUGUUUUGCAUCUUCAUGUACUGUUUCAUGUAACAGUCCUAUCCCAGGGGGAGACAGUUCCUCUGCAACAGAACGUCCUUGGCUUGAAAGCAGCCCUAAAGCUUCCUCGUCGCUCCAGCUUUCAAUGGGAAACAGCAGGCCGCCAGGAGGUUACCUUGUGCCCUCUGAAUUUUCAAACACCAUGCAAGAUGUCUCUCUCUUGUCUCAUUUCCAAACUCCAGGACUGCAAGUUGUCACCCUGAGCAGCCUGGAGAAUUCACCAGCAGAGCCACAGCAAGAACCUGCUGUCACCAGCAGUGCCCGGGCCUACCUCAGCUACAGUGGGGGCAACAGGGGCAGUGGCUCCCCCCGAGAGGAGAGACAAGCUACUUUCAUAGCCAAUACUAGCAUCUCUCCUAAAACCGUGAGCUCAUCAGUGGCAAGUGCUGAGGACAAUGGCUUUUUGACACAAAACUUUCUUACAGUGGCCUCUGUACACAAUAGCCAGAACAGUGCGUUUCAGCAGCACCACGGAGGAAACCUACAUGCUCAACCGCCUCUUCCAGAGAAAAAGAGGUCCUCUGAAGGGGACCGUUCCUUUGCCUCUGUGUCACCUUCUUCAAGUGGCUUCUCUAGCCCCCAUAGUGGAAGCACAAUCAGCAUCCCCUUUCCAAAUGUCCUCCCAGAUUUCUCAAAAAUGUUAAGCACUUCUCUAGUGCCAGAAAACACAACUGAUAAACAUGUGACUGUAAAAUUUGUCCAGGACACAUCCAAGUUCUGGUAUAAGCCAGAUAUUUCAAGAGAACAAGCCAUUGCUGUUCUCAAGGACAAGGAACCUGGGUCAUUCAUUGUUCGAGACAGUCAUUCUUUCCGGGGAGCCUAUGGGCUAGCAAUGAAAGUUGCUACACCACCUCCUUCAGUGCUUCAGUUAAACAAGAAAG